UGGCUCGAAUAAGAGAGCGUUCGAUUAGAGACUCCGGGUCAGAAUAGGAGGGCGGGCGGUAGAAGUCCUCCUGUGUUCGCGCGCCACCUUUUGUAACAUAGCAACAAGCGCUCCUCUAACGUCACUUCCCUAGCGCGGGAUGGUAUCCUAUGCAGCUGUCCGGUAGAAGUAAACAGCACUGUUUUGGUUUAGUUUAAUUCAAUUAAUCGAUCAAUUCAACGCGUUACAUCUUAAAACGUGGGGUUAGUUCUCAACGACCUUCUGACGGGUGAUCUGCUGAGAGGGACUGGGUUGUUUUGUUCCGCGGUGGAACCGCGAGGCGUUGCUGUUCACCCCAUGAACGCGUUCUGCUGGAGCUUCUGAUGUAUUAAAACUUUAAAUCCAUCUCUUCAUCGGUGUCCCACCGGCCUCUCAUACUCGUUCUGACUGGUGCCAUGAAGCUACAGUGUGAUGUCGAGGUCGUCAACCGCAUGCUCCCCUCGUUCGGUAUGAAGAACCGAGGGAAGGGCGCCCGAGCGGUGCUCUCAAUCGGGAAGCACCUGGACAAAACCACCCAGAGGACCAGCGUCUACAUGAUCAUCUGCACGGCCAAGGACAGGACAGGCUCCAAGUACAAGCUGAAGGACAACAUUGAGAAGUUCUUCACGUGGUUCGUCGAGGAGGGCAAAGCCACCGUCCGGAUCAAAGAACCAGCUAUUGACAUAUGUUUGAGCAAGGCCGACGCCAACAGCCUGAAGAGCUUCCUCUCCGCGGCGCGGCUGGCCGACCGCGGCAGCGACACCAGCAGCCUCCCGCUGGCCACCCUGACCCCGGUCCGCGCCCGCGACGUGGAGAAGCCCAAGAAGAAGCUCACCAUCGUCUCCAAGAAGGACUACCCGCUCGCCUCCAGCUUCCCCUACUCUCUGGAGCAGCUGCAGGUGUCCUACUGCAAGCUCUCGCGCGUGGACAUGAGGAUGCUGUCCCUCAAAGCUCUUCGUAAGCUGGACCUCAGCAACAACCACAUCAAGAAGCUCCCGGCCACCAUCGGGGACCUGGGCUGCCUCGCCGAGCUCAUCCUGCACAACAACCAGCUAGAGAGCUUCAGCGAGGCCCUGUGCCUGUCCACCCUGCAGCGCACCCUCCAGCACCUGGACCUCAGUCAGAACCGCCUGAAGGGCCUGCCCUCCCAGUUCUCCCAGCUCCGGGAGCUGGUCAACCUCAAGCUGGACGACAACAAGCUCCAGUGGCUGCCCUUCCGCGUGGGCCGGCUCUCCAAGCUGAGGUUCCUGUCGGCCGCGCACAACCAGCUGGCCCUGCUGCCCGGCGACUUCCGCAGGCUGAGCCUGGAGAACCUGGACCUGUUCGGGAACCCCUUCACCCCGCCCAACCCCCUGGACCACAGCAUCCACCUCACCUUCCCGCUGUCGCUCCAGGAGCUGGCCAGCAGGGCGGUGGUCAACCUCAGGGUGCCGUACGGACCGCAGCACCUCCCCGCCCACCUCUGCCGGGACCUGGAGGUCUCCAAAGCCUGCGACUGCGGCGGCGCCUGCGUCAGCUUCUUCAUCCAGACGGCGGUUAGCAUGAACCUGCACCAGGUGUCUCACACGGUGGUGCUGGUGGACGACAUGGGCGGCACCGAGGCCCCGGUGCAGCAGCACUUCUGCUCGCUAUCCUGCUACUCCCAGUUCCUCGACAACUCCCUCCAGAGGGGCGGGCGGUAGGGUGCCGGUAGAGCCCCAUGAGGGUGGGAUGUGACGGACAACAUGCCCCAGACCAAAGCCUUAUUUCCAGGCUUUUGUUUCUUGAAAAUUUUACUUUUGGGACGUUGAUGUUGUCGGCCACAUGACAUCGUUUUUCCAGAUGCGAUGGACGAGGGGGAUUUUUACAAUGCUGCAUAAUUCAGAGGGAUCCUGGCUGCUCUCUUCCUAGCGGUGAUGUGAUGCAAAGGACAGACUCUGUUAUCGAAAGCACUCCGCACCGCCUGCAUCCUCAUUCCACCUCCUCCGACCAAACACGUCUUGCUUGCACUUUGAUGGUUGGAACACACACACACACACACACACACACACACACACACACACACACACACACACACACACACACACACACACACACACACACACACACACACACACACACACACACAGUUCUAUUAUCUUCUUGAUACUAAAAGUCAUGGUUUCUUUCCUCAUUCAAUUGCGAAAUGCAGAUCAUCAUUCUGCCUCGCCCUACUUCUGUGAAGUAUGAAAUCAGAGAUAUUCAUCUUGCUUUCCUCAACCGGAUAUGUAUUUUUGUCAAACAGUGUUUGUUUUUACUGAGCAAUUAUUUUAAAUAUAUGAAAAAUAAAUACAUAAAACGGGUGAUUCAAGAUAUUUAUUCAUUCGUUCUAAACAAAAAUCAAUCAAUCAAGCAAUUACUUUUUUUGUCACUACAGGAUGUGAGACAUUAAAUAUCACAUACAAGAUAUGGAAUAUUCUUCCAUCAUGGGAUUCAUCCCUUGUCAUUACCAAGGACAGCUAUGUGCUUUAAUGGCAUUUCUGCUAAUUAGAUCACCUCAAAGCUCGUCAUUUAGUCCAGUUCAUACAGAAGGGAGUUGUGGAAGCUUAGGCCAGCGGACGUGGCGUGAUCACUGAUGAUGGUCUCCUGUCCGCUCUCAUCCAUUUCCCUCAACAAAGGCUGUGGAGGCUUUCUAGAGAAUACAGGCUCUGACCCGUUCUGCCCUGGUGGGGAAUCCUCCGGAUGCUCCUCUUCCUCUGUGGCGCUCGCCGGACCGACCGGGACAGCGUCCGCUGAGUCCUCCUGAUGCUCCUCUUCCUCUGUGGCGCUCACCGGACCGACCGGGACAGCGUCCGCUGAGUCCUCCUGAUGCUCCUCUUCCUCUGUGGCGCUCACCAGACCGACCGGGACAGCGUCCGCUGAAUCCUCCUGAUGCUCCUCUUCCUCUGUGGUGCUCACCGGACCGACCGGGACAGUGUCCGCUGAAUCGUCCUUCUUUAACUGAUCCUCUGCGCUCGCUGUAGGAACAUUGGGGCUCAUCUGGUGGUUCCUGUCUUCAGAGUUCAGUAACUCGGACGAUCCUGUGGCUUCACUGCUGGUGGACUUGCCAUCGGAUACAAGCUGAGGCGCUGUGUACUAGGACAAGGACAAGAGAAACAUUAAUACAGGGGGAAAAAAUAUACAUUUUAUAUUGUAAAAAAUAAUGACUUUUAUAAUAAAUCCUUUAAUAAACUUGCAUUGUGCUACCUUGUUCUGAACCAAUGGCUACAUUGUUGAUAAUUUCUCACCCCAGUACUUGAA